AUGUCUACUCAAACUGCAACUCAGACCGCUUCUCGAGGCCAGGGAAAUCGCGGUGGAAAUAGAGGCAAAGGACGUGGCGGACGCGGUGGGCGUGGCGGCAAUCGCGGAAACCGACAGGCGGCGAACGGCGGGGACCAAAGGGCUGUUCAAGCCGUUCAGACCAUCACUGAAGCGACGGCGGUCGUGUCUUUGAGUGAAAGCGAAGUUGUCAAGGACGACGAUGCCGCCUCCGUUCAAACGAGCCCCGAAAUGUGCUGGAUCUGUGCGGAGCCAGUCAAAUAUUAUUCUGUUCCACCAUGCAACCACAGGACCUGUCAUGUCUGCGCCUUACGCUUAAGGGCCUUGUAUAAGAAGACCGAGUGCACAUUCUGCAAGGAUCCCCAAACGUCCCUCAUCUUUACGGUGUCCCCCGAUGCGCUCUUCUCUUCCUUUACUUCAGAAGCAAUCCCGUUCAAGGAUUCGCUCCUGGAAAUUUAUUUCGAGACCGAGGACAUGAUGCAAGAGACCUUGAUUCUCCUCCGUUUCAAUUGCCCAGACCCCGAUUGUUCCUACAUAGGCGCGGGCUGGGGCGAUCUAAGCAUACACAUCCGAGGCGUACACAAGAAGAACUUAUGCAAUCUCUGUGUAAAGAACAAGAAAGUGUUCGCCCACGAGCACUACCUGUACACUCGAAAUGAAUUAGCGAUACAUCUGCCGAGCUUACUCUCAAGGCAUCAUUCUGGCAAACAACCUGCAAAAGCUCAAAUCGAAGGAGGCAUCCAUCCACUAUGUGAAUUCUGUAAUGAAUGCUUCUUCAGCGAUGACGAGCUGUAUGCACAUCUCAGGGAACAUCAUGAGGAGUGCUUUGUUUGUAAGCGCAAUGGUGUCGUCCAUCAAUAUUUCCGAAACUACCCCGAACUCGAAAAUCACUUCAACACUGUACACCACCCCUGCGAAAAUUCGGAAUGUCUCGCUCGCAAAUUUGUCGUUUUCAACACUAGACUCGAUCUGCAAGCCCAUAUGGUCGAAGAACACGGCGCUCAGAUGAACACGCGGGACAAGAAAGAAGCUAGACGUGUGGAAGCUGAUUUCGAGUUCGAGGCUAUCGGUCGGGGUGGACGAGGAGGGCGAAGAGCUAGGGAGCCGGAAGGAAACCGGGAUCCACCUCCUGCGCCGCCAGGACCAUCACGCCCUCCAGGGCCUAGUCGACGCAGGGAGGCGUUUGGAGGUAAUCUAACUGGUCCUGCGCCUGCCAACAACGGCAAGGCUCCUGCUGAUCGGGCAUCAACGUCAUCUGGAAGCUCUGUUGGAGAAGAUGGCAUAAACAGGACGCCGGCCUACAUAUCACGCAUCAAAGUGCUCGCAGCCAACCCUGCCAAUGCUGUUCGUGCAAUGAAAGUCGCUACUCGGAGCUAUACGUCCAACGAGUGCGGCGCCAGAGAUCUCAUCCUGACAACAUGGAAUGUACUCGACCGGGACUUGGAACGCACAUCGAGCGUCAUCAAUGCUUUCGUCGAAACCUUGACAGACGAAGAAAAGAAACAGGACCUCCUUGGUAAAUGGAAAGGAUUCGAGAUCGAGCAAAAACGCGAGUUCCCCGAAUUGACUCCAGUAGCAGUUGGAGGAGGUUACGCAGCGAUUACCUCUGGUCACGUCAUAAACGCCAAGCAUCAGACUGCUACGCGCGCCCAACGGUCUUCUCGUCAAGUCUGGGACCGCGUAGCGCAAGCCGCUAGUAGUUCAUCUUCACGACCAGCUCGACCUCAAGUAGCCCAGGAUCGUUUCCCCGCGCUAGGCUCGUCCAGUGCAGCCACCAAUAUUGCUGCGCCAGCACCGAUUCCACCGUUUAGACAAGGCCAGCGUAACACCCCAUGGUCAACAAACGGUGGUGCUUCUGGCAGUCGCCCGCCAUCUACUACCGUCGUUCCGCGACCAAGUUCACAGAACGUCAGCAGCAACACCAAACGCGCUCCACCCCCCAAGCUAUCGGAGAGCGCUUUUCCUGGUCUUCCCAGCAACAACAACGGGAGACAAAAGCCGCAAGUCAGUGGGAAUGUGUCCUUGAAGAAUAUCAUCGGCAAUCAAGGACCUGCAACCCCAGCAUGGGGAUCGGGUUCCUCCACCCCUUCUUCCGCCCAUAAUGGCGGUGACUCUGCGGAUGCUCCUGGGGCUGGGAAGGGAAAGAAGAACAAGGGAAAGCAAAAGCAGACCCUAUUUACAUUGGGUGCAUUCCCAGCAUAA